AUAAAAAAUUAAGAUUUUAAUACCACCUUACGAUUUAAAUAGUCGUCGUGAUCAUAAGGGUCGUGAUCAAGAAAUUUGCAAUCACUGUUUAGGCCAUAUGAAAUUUUACUGCAACAACCUUACUGUACCGUACAAUACAACUUAUUUCAAUAUAGGAAAAAAAAUUUAAAACUUGAUUGAACAUCAGCGGAUCAUAGGGAAAUCAAUAUUCCUUUGCUUAUCGAAUAAAUACUAGACAGAUAACUUUAUUGCCAUGCCACUGCAAAUAUUUGUUUGGCAACUAUCAUUAGCAAAUAUCGAUUUUGGUUUUGCGUAUCCCUUGUGUAUUAUUUCAUUGGUUUAAUUCAUUGUGUAUUGUUUCAUUAUUUCAGAGGUUUGAAAUUUUUGUACUAUAUCUCUUUCAUUUUAAACUAUCCAUUUGAGAUUUUCUUCACUUUUUGCCGUUAGACCGUAAAAGCCUAGAUAACAUGUUGAUAAUUAAUGUCAAAUUGUUCUAAAGAAAUAGACCCCUGUACUUUCUGCAUUGACGAUAAGCGAAAAUUCUCCAAGAGCAAUACACAUAGCUGAGUAAUCAUAGACGGUAUGUGGAUCUAAAGCUGUUUAAAUGUUCCACUGCACGUGUACUUCAAACAUUGCUCGAUUAUGUUAACCUAUUUAGACUUUUAUUGUUGUAAUACUAGCGAAACGACGAAUUUCGAAUCAUGCACUACACUAGAAAAGACAUCAUUUUUGCAGUUCUUGCGUUCCUCACACAAAUUGAAAUUUCGAAUUGUAGUGAGGAGUUUAUCAUUGCAGACGGGAUAAAAAUAAGCAAACUACAACAUGGUAGCUCAUCAAAUAUAGGACUUCCAUACGAAGCUCUUUUGAAGCUUGAAGAACGUUCGAUUGAGUAUGAGCUUGAAGCUGCAGAAAAUAAACUGGAAAGGAAAGGCUAUCCUAAGAAAUGCCAUGUUUGCCGCCUUCUUGUCCAAGAACUUCUCAAGUUUCUUGAACAAAAUGGCGAAAUAGAAGAAGAGCGAGAAGGAAAGCAUCCAAUAUUUGUCAAAAAUGGCAAUGUCAUCUACAGAGUUAUGCAAGAAGUUUGUUCCGGGAUGAAAAACUACCGGGUGACCCGGACCAGGCAUUUUAGAUAUAUACGUGGAGGUAGCACCCCGUUACGGGAGAUGUUCAAUGACGCGCAAAAGGAUUCUCGCAUCAAGAACUGGAUGUACAGUGUACCGGAAUCAGAGCUUGAUGACCCUACCGGAGAAAUCCAGCGCUUGCAGCUCAAGUGUGAAGAUCUGCUAGUGGAAGAAGAAGAUCGUGUUAUAAGCUGGUUUUUCAAAGCACAGACCGAAGACCCUAUAGAAUGGCUUUGCAGAAAGAGAGUCUUAAAGAAAGGAGAUCCUAGUUGUUUGGAUGAGGGUCUUGAAGUCAGAGCUGAAAUUUUGGAAAGGAUAGAGAAAAAAGCAAAAGCCCAGGAAAAAGAAAGUAGCAAAUAAAGUAGUUUAUGAAGCUUACUAAUUUGGCAUGAAUGUGAAUGAAAGAACAAACAGAACAAUGAAUUCGUCUUGCAAGCUUUAAUAGUCAAUUUAAUAUUUUGUGUACAAUUCAGUUGUUGUUGAAAGCUGUUCUGAUUUAUUUAAAUGUGUUUUUAGUCAAAUUGAGUUAACAUCGUGAAAAAGCAGAAUUUGUACUUAA